CUUGUAUAGCAUAGGGAGCGACCUAGCUGCUGUGAAGUCGUCCACGUGCUACUGAACAGGUGGCUUACAGAUCAGAUGCCGACUGGCAACUUGUUCGUGGGCGAAAUCUCACCCUAGUAAAUCCUUGAGCAGCGAGGUGACAUGGCUUGACGGAUCUCUACGGCAACUUUCAGGAAAUACAACAAACAGGUGGAUGAACCCACGCAAUGCCCCCCUGGACCACCGUAAGUGACUCUUGUAAAACCAGCAAAUAUAAACCGAGUCAGCUCUCGUUAGCGUCAUUGGCUAACUGAAAGGGGACGUCGGUGACUGUUGAACGGCGCACUUUCACACGACAGCACAAUGGAUGACAACAAGCUCAAUGACUCCAACGUUAAGGUCGCAGUUCGUGUGCGACCAAUGAGCAGAAGAGAAAAAGACCUCACGGCAAAAUGUGUGGUAGAAAUGGAAGGGAACCAGACAAUAUUGAAUCCUGCCAUUGCAGCUUUGAGCAAAGGAGACCCCCGGAAUCAGGCAAAGGUGUUUGCUUAUGAUCACUGUUUCUGGUCCAUGGAUGAAUCCCAGAAAGACAAGUUUGCAGGUCAAGAAGUAGUGUUCCAGUGCCUUGGGGAGAGUUUACUAGACAACGCCUUCAUGGGUUACAAUGCCUGCAUCUUUGCCUAUGGGCAAACAGGCUCCGGGAAGUCUUACACCAUGAUGGGCUCAGCAGAGCAGCCUGGUUUGAUCCCUCGCCUCUGCAGCUCCUUGUUCUCCAGGACCAUGCGGGAAGCUGGAGAGGGAGAGAGCUUCACUGUGGAAGUCUCCUACAUGGAGAUUUACAAUGAAAAAGUCCGAGACCUGCUCGACCCUAAAGGAAGCCGUCAAACGCUGAGAGUAAGGGAGCACAACGUUUUGGGACCUUAUGUUGAUGGCCUAUCACGUCUGGCUGUGGCUAGCUACAAGGACAUUGAAUCGCUGAUGUCGGAGGGAAAUAAAUCUCGUACGGUGGCCUCCACAAAUAUGAAUGAAGAGAGCAGCAGAUCACACGCUGUGUUUAACAUCAUCCUCACUCACACUCUCGUGGACCUGCAGUCAGGGACAAGUGGAGAGAAGGUAAGCAAGCUUAGUCUGGUGGACCUGGCAGGCAGUGAGCGUGCAGCCAAGACUGGGGCAGCUGGUGAAAGACUGAAAGAAGGCAGCAACAUCAACAAAUCUCUCAGCACAUUGGGCUUGGUUAUCUCAGCCUUGGCGGAUCAGGGGGCAGGGAAGAACAGGAGCAAAUUUGUUCCCUAUAGGGACUCGGUGCUCACAUGGCUGCUCAAGGACAGUUUGGGAGGGAACAGCCGCACAGCCAUGGUGGCCACCAUCAGCCCAGCGGCGGACAAUUAUGACGAGACUCUGUCCACCCUGCGUUACGCCGACCGGGCCAAAAGCAUCGUCAACCACGCUGUGGUCAACGAAGACCCCAAUGCCAGAAUUAUCAGAGAACUGCGAGAGGAAGUCGAGAAACUGAGGGAGCAGCUCACAGAGGCUGAGUCUAUGAAGGCCCCGGAACUGAAGGAGCGACUGGAAGAGUCCGAGAAACUAAUCCAAGAGAUGACCGUGACUUGGGAGGAGAAACUCAGGAAAACCGAGUCUAUUGCGCAAGAGCGUCAGAGGCAGCUGGAGAGUUUGGGCAUUUCCCUGCAGUCGUCUGGCAUCAGGGUAGUGGAUGACAAGUGCUUCCUGGUGAACUUGAAUGCUGACCCUGCCCUCAACGAGCUGCUCGUCUACUACCUAAAGGAACAUACGCGUGUGGGCUCGUCCAAAUCACAGGACAUCCAGCUGUGUGGGAUGGCCAUCCAAGCCGAGCACUGCAUCAUCGAUGUCACGCAAAACGACGGCGUGGUGCUCACACCUCACCGCAAUGCUCGGACGUGGGUGAAUGGCACUGCGGUCGCCGGACCUGUGCACCUUCAUCAUGGAGAUCGGAUCUUGUGGGGAAACAACCAUUUCUUCAGGAUCAACUUGCCCAAGCAUUUGGUCCAUACGGUGGGUGAGGAGAAGCAGGAGGAGCCGCCGGAGGAGGGCAGAGCUCACUUGAAGCCCUGCUUCGAUACGCAGCAUCUGGAGAUGGACGUCGACACAUCCAGUGACGCUUCUAGUGAAGUGGGCUUCGAGUUUGCUCAGGCUGAAGUCAUGAUGAAAGGAAUGGCCAGCAAUGACCCCUUGCAGUCAGUGUUACAGACCCUUGAGAGGCAGCAUGAGGAGGAGAAACGCUGCGCCCUGGAGCGCCAGAGGCAAAUGUAUGAGCAGGAGCUGCAGCAGCUUCGUCUGCGGCUCAGCCCCGAGAGAUCUCCGCAUCUCCUCGACUUGUCGGGUUUGCCCAAUAGUGCUGCUGUCAUUGGAACGUCUCCGGUCUCCCACAAACGUAUGCGGCGCUGGAGUGAGGAUAGAGAGGCUAUGAUUACGCGAAGCCUUCGACGUCUCAAAGAACAGAUCGUUCGUGCCAACCUUUUGGCUCAGGAGGCCUCCUUCAUUGCAGAGGAACUCAGCAAAAGGACUGAGUACCUGGUUACUCUGCAGAUACCAGCUGCCAAUCUGGAUGCCAACAGGAAGCGUGACGUGGUGCUGAGCGAGCCGGCCAUUCAGGUUCGUCGUAAAGGGAGAGGCAAGCAGAUUUGGGCAAUGGAGAAGAUGGAGAACAGGCUGGUGGACAUGAGGGAUCUCUACCAAGAAUGGAAAGACUUUGAUGAAGACAACCCUGUGAUGCGGUCAUAUUUCAAACGGGCCGACCCCUUUUUUGAUGAGCAGGAGAACCACAGUCUGAUUGGGGUGGCCAAUGUUUUCCUGGCAUGUCUGUUCUAUGACGUAAAACUACAAUACGCAGUUCCCAUAAUCAACCAGAAGGGAGAGGUGGCGGGCCGGCUUCAUGUGGAGGUAUGGCGAGGGACGGAAAGCUCAGAGGAAGCAGGCUCACUACAAAGUAACUCGGACGGAGACGCACAGGAGCGUCAACUGAACUGCGUGGUGAAAAUCCUCCAGGCUACCGGACUUCCUCGUCACCUGUCUAACUUCGUCUUCUGCCAGUAUCACUUUUGUGGGCAGACGGAGUCUGUGUUCAUCCCUCCAGAAAUGGCGCGGGCCCCUUCGCCAUCUGCUUCCAAAGAUCCUCAGUGCACAGUUGUUUUUGACAGCUGCGAGGAGUUGUCAGUGCCCGUGUCAGAGGACUUUUUGGAAUAUUUAUCUGAGGGUGCGGUGGCUAUCGAAGUGUACGGCCACAAACAGCACAAUCAUCGGCGGAACCUGGCACUGUGGGACCUCGGAGUAAUUCAAGCUAAAACCCGUUCACUCAGAGAAAGGUGGAGCGAGGUGACUCGGCGGGUGGAGCUGUGGGUUCAGCUAAUGGAGCUGAAUGAUGCAGGGCAAUUCACACCCGUCGAAAUUCUUCCUGCUAAGGACGUACGCACUGGAGGGAUCUUUCAGCUCAAACAGGGUCAGUCUCGUCGAGUCCAGGUGGAGUUGCACCCCGUGCCAGACUCUGGCACAAUGCCGCUUAUCUGCAUGACAAUCCUCUCUGUGUCCAUUGGAGAUGUCAAGGUUCAAAAUACACCAAAAGGCAGGGACUCACUGCUGGCUCGAGAUGAAGAAAUGGACAGCUACCAGGAAUUGGAUUUGGAGAGAAUGAGGGAACAGUGGCUGGCCACGCUCACUCAGCGACAGGAGUACCUAGACCAGCAGUUACAGAAAAUAGUGUCCAAACCAGAUAAGUCGGAGGACGAUUUGGAGCGGGAGUCCCAGCUGCUUGAAUGCCGCCUGACGCUCACCGAAGAACGCAAUGCUGUUUUGGUGCCGUCAGCUGGCAGUGGCAUUCCUGGAGCACCAGUUGAAAAAGUUCCUGUGCCUGGAAUGGAAACACACAUUCCUGUCCUGUUUCUGGAUCUCAGUGCUGAUGAUUUCCAGUCGACCCUCUCAGCCCCUCUCGCCGGGGGGAUCGAUGCAUAUCUCGCUGGGGAAGAUGAGGAUGACUUCUUUGACCUUCACAUUGUCAAACACGACGAUUCUCAAGUCAAAGUGGAGGCAUCCUGGGACUCAACAGUACAUGAGUGUCCUGAGCUCAGCCGCGUGGCAUCUGGUGAGCAGAGGGUCUACCUGACUAUCCGCGUCGUGGUCCAGUUGAGCCACCCUGCCCACAUGCAGCUGGUCCUGAGGAAACGCAUCUGUGUUAAUGUCACUGGGAAAAAGGGUUUUGCCCAGAGCCUUCUGAAGAGGAUGUCCCAGCGCAGCACCAUCCCACGAUGUGGUGUCACCUUUGAAAUCGUCUCAAACAUACCAGGAGAUUUUCACGGACCAGAAGACCGAGAGAUGCUGGCCCGAUUGGCCGCCAGCGCAGAAGAUGACCAGUCAGGCAACAGUGAGGCAGCUAUUGAGAAAUACCUGCGCAGUGUCCUGGCUGUGGAGAACAUCCUCACCCUUGACAGACUACGACAGGAGGUAACAGUGAGGGAGCAACUCGCGGUCCGAGGUAAAGCAGCUCCCAGACGCUGCCUCAGCUCCCCAAAUGUACACCGGCUCUCAGCCGGCAAUCUGGAUGUGUUCUCUUCAACUCAUAAACUGUGUGACUUCAAGGGUUGGGAGAGUCACCAGAACCUCUCAGCUGCUUCUCCUGAGUCCAGGCGCACGAUGCCCAGCGCCGUAUCGCACAGUCUGAAUGCAGAAACGGGGAAGUCUGUGCCUAAUUUCAUGAAGUCAUUGCUUUCUGGUGGGAACAAUGACAGUGGAGAGCAGAUGACUGUCCAUCAGCAGGUCUAUCCAGCUUGGGAUUUAUUUGACUAAUUGAUUGAUUGAUUUCAAGUUUAUCACCAGAUUCUACAGGGGCAAAUGAUGGAAAAAUGACAGCCGUAUAGCAACAAGACAAAAAAAAAAAAAAAGAAAGAUGUACAAAAAGUGAUCCUUGGUCUUGAGACAAAAUGACAUCCCAGAUACAGAUGAAAGGGAGUCAUGUCAAACUUUGGUUUUGUAAUGUGGGACGAGCUGUUUAGAAAAACAAAGUCGCACCACUUAAAGUGCAACCGAUUGAGUUGCAUAACGUGUUUUAUAAUGUGCCGACUGCAACGAAAGCUCCCGCUGAGAUGUGAACACACUGUGUAAAAGGAGAGGUAAUUAGGAGCAAGUGAACCUUGUCAUGCUUGCGCAGUCGAGACGCGUGAGACGGAGUGCUUCAUUGCUGUAAAAAUAGGACAGCGCUCCUGUUGUUUGAUGAGCAGCUAAAGCCACAGUUUGUGGCUUCCCUCUGUGGGCCACCCUGGGGGAAUCUAAUCAAGGAAAUCAUGCAGUGGAAACUCCUUCCGCCGCUGAU